AUGGACGUCGUUGCUGCAGUAUCCGGAUACAUCUCCAAGAUGGUCACCACGGGAGAUACAGCAUCGGCUACGGGAUCUUCAUCGUCAACCAAGAUGAAGAUCUUGCUUCUCGACAGUGAGACAAUGCCCAUUGUAUCGACGGCUAUCACACAAUCAGCCCUUUUGAGUCAUGAAGUAUACCUGAUCGAUCGCUUGGACAAUGCCGCCCGCGAAAAGAUGCGACAUCUGCGUUGUCUGUGCUUCGUGCGCCCGUCCCCGACUUCCAUCCAAUUCCUCAUCGACGAGCUUCGUGAACCCAAGUACGGAGAGUAUCAUAUUUAUCUGAGCAAUAUUCUUCGCAAGUCUUCCUUGGAACGACUGGCGGAAGCAGAUGGGCAUGAAGUGGUGCGCGUGGUGCAGGAGCACUUUGCCGACUUCCUUGUCAUCAACCCCGACCUGUGCUCCCUGAACCUCGGGUUUCCUAACCAGCGAUUGUGGAGCCACUCGCCGGACCUGUGGAAUGCAGACGCUUUGCAGCGAGCGACGGAAGGCGUGAUUGCCCUGUUGCUGGCUCUCAAGAAAAACCCUCUGAUCCGCUACGAGAAGAACAGCUUGUUGGCUAAGAAAUUAGCUACAGAGGUCCGCUACCAGGUGACUCAGGAGGAGCAGUUGUUCAAUUUCAGGAAGACCGACACGCCCCCUAUUCUGCUUAUUCUAGACCGGAGAGAUGACCCCAUCACGCCUUUGUUGACGCAGUGGACAUACCAGGCGAUGGUUCACGAGUUACUGGGGGUCACCAACGGAAGAGUAGUCCUGCGCGAUGUGCCUGACAUUCGGCCCGAGCUUCGGGAAAUCGUCCUUUCGCAGGAUCAAGAUCCGUUCUUUAAGAAGAACAUGUAUCAGAAUUUUGGGGACCUAGGUCAGAACAUCAAGGAGUAUGUCGAGCAGUAUCAAACAAAGACUCAGAACACCAUGAACAUCGAGUCCAUUGCCGACAUGAAGCGCUUCGUGGAAGAUUACCCUGAGUUUCGCAAACUCUCCGGUAAUGUGAGCAAGCAUGUCACGCUGGUCGGCGAGCUCAGCCGACGAGUUGGGGAAGAUAACCUGCUCGACGUCAGUGAGUUGGAGCAGAGUUUGGCCUGCAAUGAUAACCACGCGAAUGACCUCAAGACACUACAGAGAAUCAUUCAGCUCCCCACGGUACCGGCGGAGAACAAGAUCCGCUUGGUAGCCCUAUUUGCCCUCCGAUACGAAAAGCAGCCUUCCAAUGCCCUUCCGGUGUUGCUUGACCUCCUGGUCACAGCAGGGGAUGUUCCCUCCUACAAGGUCAAUAUCAUACCGAAGCUUCUUGCCUAUCAUCAUUCUCUCCAGGCGCCCCCUGUUGCGGGUGGCUUCUCGGAUCUUUUCGAAUCAGCCUCGUUAUUCUCCGGGGCUCGUGACCGCUUCAAGGGACUCAAAGGUGUCGAGAAUGUAUACACACAACACUCACCGCGACUUGAAGUGACACUACAGAAUCUCAUCAAAGGCAGAUUGAAAGAGUUACAGUACCCCUUCCUCGAAGGCAGUAGCCACACUCGGGAGAAGCCACAGGACGUCAUCAUCUUUAUGGUCGGCGGUGCAACCUACGAAGAGGCCAAGAUGGUGGCCCAAGUCAACGCCAGCUCACCUGGAGUGCGUGUGGUAUUGGGAGGCACGACCAUCCACAACAGUACUUCCUUCUUGGAAGAAGUUGACGAUGCUGUAAGCGGGUGGCCUGAGCCUGGCCCUUCCACAGCCGCUGGACGGCUUCGGAGAGAGAUCGGACGAUAG